AUGACGUCAUCCCCGAACGAGCCGAGGAAGAAGAAACCCGAUUCCCGGAAAAUCUCCAUAAAAAACCCCACGAACUUGAAGAUAACAAAGGACACCUUCAAGACAGGGCUGAACCGCCACGUGCACUACACCCUAAUGAAGGAUAAAAACGUGGCCGAUUUUUUCGACUACUGCAGGGCCACUUGCCUCUGCGUCAGGGACCUCAUAGCCCUCAGGUGGGUACGCACCCAACAGUUUUACUACGAGAUGGACGUUAAGAGAGUUUACUACCUUUCGCUGGAGUUCUACAUGGGCAGAACUCUUGCCAACACUCUCGUCAGCCUGGGAAAUAAUAAAUUGGCAGAAGAAGCUCUCUAUGAGCUUGGCCUAUCGCUCGAGGAGUUGGAAGACUUGGAAGUGGAGGCAGGGUUAGGGAACGGGGGGCUGGGGCGGUUGGCGGCCUGCUUCUUGGACUCUAUGGCCUCUCUCGGCAUCCCGGCCUAUGGGUACGGUCUGAGGUACGAGUAUGGCAUAUUCAAGCAAGUCAUUAAAGAUGGCUGGCAGUUUGAGGAGCCGGACAAUUGGUUGAAAUACGGCAACCCCUGGCUGACACCCAGGCCCGAGUAUCAACUGCAUGUCAAAUUUGGCGGGAAGGUGCACUACCAGAACAAGGCUGCGAAAUGGGAACAAGAGGAAACAGUGCUUGCCACACCGAAUGAUGUUCCCAUUCCAGGGUAUAAAAAUGAUCACGUGAAUACCCUGAGGCUGUGGGUCUCCAAGGCUCCUGAGAACUUUAACUUCUCUUUCUUCAACAAUGGCGACUACAUCAAGGCAGUGAUGAUGGGUAACUUAUGCGAGAACAUCUCGAGAGUGCUCUACCCGAAUGAUAAUUUCUUCCAAGGUAAAGAGUUGCGUUUGAAGCAGGAGUACCUGUUGGUGUCUGCCUCACUCGAGGACAUCAUCCGUAGGUUCAAGAAGUCCACAUUCUAUAUAAGGAAUAAAGGAGCCAUGCUGAAGUUGCACGAAAAGGUAGCGAUCCAGUUGAAUGACACGCAUCCAUCAUUAGCUGUGCCUGAGUUGAUGAGAAUAUUAGUGGAUGUUGAGAAGCUAUCAUGGGACGAUGCCUGGAAGACGACGGUUUUGACCCUGGCUUACACCAACCAUACGAUCCUUCCUGAGGCCCUUGAGAGAUGGCCCGUCUCAAUGUUGGAGUCCCUACUGCCGAGGCUCAUGCAUAUCAUCUACGAGAUUAAUUCCCAGUUCAUGCAGGAAGUGGCAAAAAAGUUCUCAAAUGAUGUCAGCCGGAUGUCAAGGAUGUCCCUGAUUGACGAGGAGGGCGAGAAAAAAGUCAUAAUGGCCCACCUGUGCAUCAUAGGCUGUCACAGCGUUAACGGUGUUUCGGCCAUUCAUUCACAAAUACUGAAAGAUAAAAUCUUUAAAGAUUUCUACGAAAUGUUCCCAGAGCGUUUUAACAAUAAAACAAAUGGGAUAACGCCAAGAAGAUGGCUGCUCGUCUGCAAUCCUGGGUUGGCAGAUCUCAUAAAUGAGAACAUAGGAACAUUUUGGCACAGGAAGUUGGAAGGCUUGACUCAACUGUGUAAGUUCGCGAAAGUUGAAGCAUUCUGUAAGAAACUGCAAGCUAUCAAGAAGGUUAAACGAAUUCACGAAUACAAGCGCCAGAUGUUAAAUAUCCUGCACAUCAUCACGAUGUACAACAGACUGAGAGCUGACCCGGCCUAUAACUUUACCCCACGUACUGUCAUGAUUGGCGGGAAGGCUGCCCCUGGCUACCACAAGGCCAAGUUGAUCAUCAAACUCUUCAACAAUGUUGCCUCUGCCUGUAACGCGGACCCUAACGUUCAAAAAAAGUUGAGAUGCGUCUUCUUGACCAACUACCAAGUGUCCCUGGCCGAGAAAAUCAUGCCGGCCGCAGAUCUCAGCCAACAGCUCUCCACAGCUGGCACUGAAGCUUCUGGGACAGGCAACAUGAAGUUUAUGUUAAAUGGUGCUCUAACAAUCGGAACCUUGGACGGUGCCAAUGUGGAGAUGAGAGAGGCGAUGGGUGCAGAAAAUUUUUUCCUCUUUGGGAUGAAUGUUAAUCAAGUGGAAGAGUUGAGAGCGAAUGGUUACGACCCGAUACGUUACUACCAUGCCAACAAGGAGCUUAAAGAGGCCAUACGCCAAAUCGAUUCGGGCUAUUUUUCUCCUGGCGAUCCUCACCUGUUUAAAGAAAUUUCAUCCAGUUUGCUGAGUCAUGAUGAAUACAUGGUGUGUGCUGAUUAUGAAAGUUACAUCAACUGCCAAGAGAAAGUCGGGCAGAUCUAUAAGGACCAAGCCACAUGGUCUAGAAUGGUCAUCAUGAACAUUGCGUCAUCAGGAAAAUUUUCUAGUGACAGAACUGUAACUGAUUACUGCAAUGAUAUAUGGGGAGUUCAACCUAAUUUCGAUAUGAUGAAUUUAAGCUAACUUAAGAUUUGAAAGAAAAUAAUCUCUUUUCUCUAUAAUUGUGUUUUGCCUCUGCUUCUUUGUUGGUCUGUCUGCUAAUUUGUUUAUUUGUUGGCUUUUAUUUAAAUAUAAUUUAUGGGAAGUUAAUUUUAGAAUUCGUAUUAUUAAUAUUAUUAUUAUUAUUAUUUGUAUAUGAUUUUAUUAUUCAAUUAUCUUAGAGAGAUGUUUUUUUAAAUAAUUUUUUGGGGUUUAAAAACUCAUUUUGAAAAAUUGAAAAUAUAAAUUAAUUUCAAUAAUUUGAUACGCUGAUUUGUUUUAUACGGUGUAAUAAAAUAAAAUAAAAAUGA